AUGUCCACUUCGCCUACAGCUCGUCGUCGCUCUGGCGCUGGAGUCGAUGAGAAUUUGCCGGAUCCCGAAGUCGACAUCACCAAGACUGCAUACUUUGUUCGCCCAGUCAUCUCUGGUGGUCCCCAUAUUGACGCUUUGUUUCACAACCAGGCGACCAUGAUGAAGAUGAUUCAGGAUCUUCGAUUCAUGCAAGCACAAACAUUGACGAGCUCCACUUCUGGCCAGCGAGAUAAUAGUAGAGUGGAGCAGGCUCGAGACUGGGAUCAAGCUGUAUCGACCAUCAUGGCAAGCAAAGAAAUGUCAGACACCAUGACCGGAUUGGCAAUGCGCUGGGUUUCCCUCAAUCAGACCAACAAGAUGGCCAAGACUCGAGGCAACCGACAACUUCCCACAUUGGCCAAUGCCACCUUUGCCUUUUUCAAAGAAGCAUUUGCUGAAGAGUGGGCUAGAGAUGCUGGUGAUGACGCCGAUGUCGAGAAUGCCACCGAUGGAGAGUUGGUCCAGCUGCUCAAAACCAUGGAAGAGAAGGACAGUCUAAAACAAGAGCUUCAUCUGGCAUUGGCAAAGCGUGUGACUAUGACUGCCAGCUCAUCCCCCGAGCGUACCCGCAAUGAUGGUGAUGGUGAGGGUGAAGGUGAGGCUGGCGCUGCAGGUCCUUCCGGCCGUGCUAGCGAGAAUGAGGUAUCGAUCCGAGGUCGUACAGCGUCUGCAGGAGCCCGAGGACGAUCCCGUGGCAGUUCUUCCAGACGUGGAGGUAGAGGCGCUGGUAGUUUGGCACGGCCUACUGCUGCAGGCGAAGCUUCUGGUUCCACAAGUGCUCCUGCUGAUGACCAUGCGGAAGAUGCUGAACCUGACAAUGGCGGAUCAGCCUCGAUCAACGAGCCUGUUGCAGGGCAAGCUUCUCGAAAGCGACGUCGUGUGGUGAAUGAUGAUGAUGACGACGACUAUGACGAUGUGGAAUGA